GGGUUUACACCACUUUUCUGGAGGCUUCUUAUAUUAUUCUCGAAAUAAGGGAAACACUGAUUUGGCUUUCCGUUUGUAAACUGCCAUGGUCAACUACGCGAAAUGGCUCGGAGAGCUUGGUGACAACACGCCGGUUGGUUCGCUCUCUAUUCCUGGAACCCACAAUUCGGCUGCCUGUCACAUUGCUUUACCUUCUGUCCAAUGUCAGGGCGCUUCAGUUACGGACCAGUUGGAACAUGGCGUGCGUUUUCUCGAUGUGCGCGUGGGAAAACACCCCUUGAAGUCGGGAAACGAGGCCCACGAGUUGAUCGUAGUCCAUGGUAAAUUCCCGGUUCGGAUCCCGAUUCCUAAGAAAUUUGCGGACACGCUAGAAGAAGUGUAUGAGUUUUUAGACAAGCACCAGUCGGAGACUGUGAUGGUCUCCAUCAAGCAAGAAGGCAUGGGAGAUUGGAAUCACGAGCAGGACGAAUUCGCCAACGUGAUCUGGGAGAAAUUCAUCGAGCCGAACAAAAACCGCUGGUUCUUGAGCACGGAGUUGCCUCGUUUGGGCGAUGCACGUGGGAAAGCCAUGUUGUUUAGGCGUUUUGGUGUAAAAAACGAGGAGCGAAAGCGCCAGUAUGGGUUUGACGCGGCCUGGUGGAAGUACAACAGCAUCGAGGACGAUAGGGGCUCGUUUGUGGUGCAGGACUUCUGUGAAAUCCAGACCAAGGAUGACAUUCCCAAAAAAGUCACGUAUGUCAAGAGCUUGGCGCACAAGGCCGCGGAGCAUAACGCCACAAACUCAGAUAACAAGUUGUAUGUGAACUUCACGCUGGGCUCCAAUUUCUUUAACUACUCGUGCUGGCCGAAACAGGUGGCCCACGCCAUGGCUAGCCAUGACUUGCAGGACAGCUUUGCCAAGGGAAGCGGGAUCAUUGUGUUGGAUUUUGUUGAUGAUAAGGACUGGGGGCUCAUCAGGGGGUUGAUUGACAAAAACUUCUAGCCUGUCGGAGGGCAGCGUCUGGCAGGGACAGAUGCGUGUUUUUUGGCCUCAGUGUUUUGUCUGGUAGGUUUGGUUUUUGGAGUCUGAACAGGCUUGCAGUGUAUUGUUGUCUAGCUUGCCCGUCGGGGUAGGCACAGCUCAGAUUCUGAGUCAGAAAAUACUUGCAUUUUCCCGGGAAUUUGUAGCUAUACUUUUGGCGAAAUUCUAAAGGCCGUGGUAGCAGCUGACUCGAUACUUCUGAAUUCUUUAGAUCCAUUCUUUACCAUGGAGUAGGGAUUAUCAUGUUCAAGAGACUAAUACUGAUCAUCUGUGUAUAGACCAAUACAGCCAAGAAUCUGCA